UUACAAACCUCGCGUUAUACGGUUUCUCUGCUUUUGAUCACUGUUUUCUUCAAGCGACGGCAGUUAACAGCAAAGAAUGGGUCCUGAGACGAUUUUUCCCUUUUGCACGUGAUUUAUUUCAUUUCAUAUGGUGUCAAUUCAAAGUACCAGAUGAGGAGAUGUAUGACAGGGAGGAUCCAAAACAAUCUUUGUUCACCGAAGAAAUUGGAAGAGCUAUUGUUGGUACGCAGAUAAUUUUCAGAGACGAAUUUGAGCUUAUUUUCCAGAAUCACGAAUCUCAGAGAAUGGGAGAAGACGGUUUCAAUAAAUUUGUGAACGAAUGUAUUGUUGCUCUCGUACCAGCUGGCGAUAUUAUUGAUAGAACAGUAGCUUCGAUUAUGAUUUACGCUGAAUUUACAUUGUAUCAGCGUAACAUAGGUAACGAAGACUAUUUUCAGUAUUUACAGAGAACACCCAAAUGGUGGUCAAAUUAUUUCCAAAUUCACUUGUAUGAGACCUUUGAUGCUGAGCAAGGCUGGGCGAAAUUACGUAUAAAAGGAGAAGUAUGGAAUCACGUGUUCGUGAAUGAUAAUCUAGACAAUAUUCGUUUCUACGUUAAUUGUUCUCCUCAAUACCGAGAAGAGUUACGUUAUUUUAAAAACUUGUAUUUACCAGGCUAUAAGGCAGGAAUCCAGAAAUUCUUACGUCGUAAACCUCGGGAAUCGCCCAGUGCUCGGGAAUCGCCCAGUGCUCGGGAAUCGCCCAGUGCUCGGGAAUCGCCCAGUGCUCGGGAAUCUUCCAGUAGGGUUGAAAUAACCGCGGAGGACUAGCUUUCGAUGCAAUAUUCAGUGAACAUGUUACACCAGUAUCUAUAUAGUGCCACUGCGUUACUGUGGUUUGUAAGAGUCUCAAAAGUUGUCAUCAAUUAAAGUUUCAAUAUCUUGCGUGAUGUGAUAUAUCGGAGCCUCGAAAAAGAAUUAGAUAUUUUUCAAUGGAUAAUAAUGCACAGUAAGUAAUUUCCCGAGAUAUUGAUGUAACAUUUUCUGUAUUAGAAUUGUGAUGGAUUGAGAACUUUAGCAAAUAAAUGGAUGUAUUUUUACUAUGUGUACUUUUUUAAGAUAGUAAAUGAAGUAAGUUCUUAAGAAUGUUCAAGUCCUAUUUAAAUAUUUAUGUGUGUAAAUUUUGAAGAAUUCUCAUCUUUUCUUAGUGCAGCAACCUUAGUUUUAUUAAGGGUAAAUAUACUUAUUCCUAAUUUAUUGCUUGUGUAAUAUUAUUAAUCUGGAAGAAACCGUAAUAACUCUUUUGUAAAACUUUAGUUUUUAAUACAUCUAAAUUUUAUCAACUUCUUGCUUUUAAUUAAUCCAUUGUAGACGUAACUCUAUUUUACUCAUAUAAACGAUUUACUAUGCUCUUUAUGGAAAUCCUAGAUAACUAAGUGCCUUAAAUCUGUAAGCAGACUUACCUUGUAUACCUAUUACACUGGGUAUGUGAAGUAACUGAAGUGUAAAACCAUCUAAAAUGAACGUAUCGAAGGAAGGAUGCCUUUGUGAAUUUUCUGAAGUUUGUAAACGCAUACUUUGUUCCGAAUUAUGUUACUGUAUUUAUUAAUGGUCUUCAUAUUGUAUUUUGUGUAUAACCAAAGUAUAAACCAGUUUUCCUUAAAGUCUGCCCUAAAGGCAUCCUUCCAUAGAUAAAUUAUCUAUCUGCUGUGUUAAAAUAAACUCUAUGGAUCCACGAAGAUAUUUUUUCAUAUAAACUGAGAGCAAUAGUUUUAAUGUAUUAAAGAUUUAGUUCCAAUUUCAUUCACAUUAAUAAUUUUCGAAAUUUUUGUGUUGUGCUUUUUGUAUCAAGUCCUACUUUAGUCUUGUAUUUUGAUUUUAAAUGAGAGUGGAAUCAAAAUGGAAAAGAAAUUGACUCAUUUAAGGUUAAGCUGAUUAAAAACGAAAAUAUUUUUGUAUAUCUGAUAUUGAGAUUUUAAUAAAAUUUCUAAUGUUUGUUGCAUA